AUGUCCUUAGUUAUUCAAGAAGAAGGUUCUUUCCAACACAUUUUACGUUUGUUGAACACCAACAUCGAUGGUAGAAUCAAGAUCAUGUACGCCUUAACCAAGAUUAGAGGUGUUGGUCGUCGUUACUCCAACUUGGUCUGUAAGAAGGCUGAUAUUGACUUACAGAAGCGUGCCGGUGAAUUAACCCAAGAAGAAUUAGAAAGAGUUGUCACCAUCAUGCAAAACCCAACUAACUAUAAGAUCCCAGCUUGGUUCUUAAACAGACAAAAGGAUCACGUUGACGGUAAGGACUACCACGUCUUAGCUAACAACUUAGAAUCCAAGUUAAGAGAUGAUUUAGAAAGAUUAAAGAAGAUCAGAGCUCACCGUGGUAUUAGACACUUCUGGGGUCUUAAGGUCAGAGGUCAACACACCAAGACUACUUCCCGUGGUCGUUAA